GAUCAGAAGAAGUUAGUGAUCUCUAUGCUCGAAUGGCAUACUCACGUAUUGGCCAUCCUAAAAGUGAUUGACUCCAGUAAAGAUCUUGACAUUAGCAUCCGAUUACAGCAAUUCUACCUCCUUGAUGAACUCCUCAAAAAGAUUUCUGUUGCCUAUCAACGCAAGAACGCCCAUCUAAUUACAAUCCUCAACCAAGCAACGAAGACUUGA